GCCAUGGCGGCCUCCCCCGGCCCGACCUGCACCGCGGCCGCAAGAUGGCGGCGCCCGGUGAGGGCCGCCGCGGCGCCGCGCCCUUCCCGGGCACCGAGAGCGGCCCCUUCGCCUUCCCCUUCCCCGUCCCGCCCGGCGCCGCCGGCUCCGGGGCGCAGGAGCCGCCCAAGAAGCCGUGCCGGGCCUGCACGGACUUCAAGAGCUGGCUGCGCGAGCAGAGGAGGCGGGCGGCGCCCGGCGGCGCGGACACCAGCGUCGUGGUGGAGGAGAAGGAGCCGCCGCUGGACUGUCCCCUGGACAGCGAGCAGCUGGGCCGCAGCACCUGGGCUUUCCUUCACACCAUGGCGGCGUAUUACCCCGACCACCCCACCGGCGCCCAGCAGCGGGAGAUGAGGCAGUUCAUCAACCUCUUCUCCAAGUUUUAUCCCUGUGAGCAAUGUGCUGAGGAUCUGAGGGAAAGAUUACGUACAAAUCAGCCUGAUACUAGCAACAGAAAUAACUUCUCCCAGUGGUUGUGUCUUCUUCAUAAUGAAGUGAACAGGAAACUGGGGAAAACUGAAUUUGACUGCUCUCGUGUGGAUGAGCGCUGGCGAGAUGGUUGGAAAGAUGGUAGUUGUGAUUAAUCUGCAGAGACUGCUCUGGAAAUCUAACAGACCCAAUUCAAUCUGGUUUGAAGUCACUACAAGGAGAAGUGCAAGUAAAUGUGAGUGUGUGCAUGUGCGCAUGACUGAUGCGGCUUCUGGAAAUAAAGGUCAAACCAAUUCUGAAAGACAACUUGAAAAUCUUAUCCUAAGAGUAUCUUGAUAAAGGAUUGCAUAGAAUAUAUUGCCCAUAAUCUGGAGGAUUGAGGCCUUACAUUUGGCACAGGAAUUGGCAGAAGCCUGUGAAAUUAAGUUACUGACCAACUUCUAGAGACUUCUUCAUUAUUACAUUUCCUUAUUUUAAGGGCGUUCUGUGACUACAGUUCCUUUUCCCUGCCUAUAGUUGUAGGGAGUUUCCCUUCAGCAUUUUUUCAUUUAUCUGCAAGCAUUGCCUUAAUGUUUUAGAAAACACAUCUCUCUUUCCAUGUUGCUUUUACCUCUGUUCUGAUACAGCAGACUCAUACUGUGUUUUGUGACAAGUCUGUAGUCCUUGAUCUCUUUUUAGAGAUGUUCAGUGCUUGUUAAACUUGCAUCCCAUUCACUUGCUAAAACACUUGAAGGCAGGUACAUUUCACUUAAAUACUAUGGUCACAGAACCCAGAUCUCUCAUUCAAUCUUUGUGUUUCAACUUAUCAUGUAGGAGGAUAUUGUUGAAAGGGAAAUUAAAGCAUGGCAAAAAAGCCAGUCAGAUCAGUGCAAUGAAGUAUGGUGAUGAAUGACCAUGACUGGAUGAAACAAGUAUUUUAAAUUGAUUGCUAAUUUUGUUUGGAUUUGGACAGGGUAUGAUAAGUUCUACUGAGCCACUUUCUUCUGAAGCAGUUUCCCCCUGCGCCCCAUCUUUGCUGUGAACUUUUGUCAGUCAUGAAAAUAUCUCUAAUGAGCUAAGAGAGACUGAUACCUGUUAUGAAGCGUAUUCAGAUUUGUUUAGCAUACAGUAUUCUGGGAUAUCAUUUGUGGUUUUGAAAUUCUUGACUGGUACUUGCUGGCAAGAUUGAUAUUCCGGUGUAGCCCUAGCUAAAAUGUGCCUAGAACAAAGGGACUUUACAAACCCCUGCAGCAUUUGAGUUUUGCUUAAGACUGUGAUGCCAGCUCUAUGUAGUAUAGUUAUUGCACUGCAGACUCAAAGUAGUCUCUAAAUAGAUUCCCUCCCUAAAAAGUGGUCAGAAUCCGUACUUAUAUGUAUUUUUCUUAUGUCAUCUAUACUGCAUCAGUAUGUCGUUGAUAUAUAUGUGAAUUUCAGAUUCCAGUGAAAUAGUAUAAAUGAUUUAUACCACAAUGUAUUUAUAUAGACAGUUUACAGAAACGUCAAAAUAAUUUCACAUUCUUAAAACAGCAAUAUGAUGGCCGCCUUAUUGCAUUUCUGGCUAUGGAAAGUUUGCAAGUUUGCACGAACCAUGACAAUAGUAGGCUUUUCCCCUCUGAAUUUCCUGCUGAUGUUUUCUUGCAUGUUUAAUGAGUUUCCUUAUUUCAUGCACUACAGUACAACUUGUAACUUACUCUUGCUGAUAAAGCGGGUUACAUGAAAACAUUAACAGGUACAUUUAUACUAGGGAGAUGACAGCUCAUAUCUGAGAACUUUGAUCUUAAAUCUUUCACGCAUGAGGCUUUUCAGUGUUUAAAAAAGUAAUCAGAGCUUUGGAAAUAUGUUCAGCUGGUUUAUGGCAUAUUCAAGUCCUUUCAAGUUAGACCUGUUAAAACAGUAUUAGAUAGACUUUAUAGAUGUGUAACACUCAGGUACCUGCAUAUUAUCGCGGGUUUUAUGUAAUAACAUUCCUAAAUACAAAACUAACAAAACUGAAGCUAGUUACCUUGUGAUGUAUGUGAUCUGACUUACAACUUCAGGAUAUCCUUAGUUAUUAAAAGUGUUCUAAGAGCUUUCCUAUUACAUUGAGUUUCUUAGGACAAAAAAAAUUCCAGUCCCUGGUUUUUGCUUUUUAAUAAUAAAUUCAAAUCUCCAAAGUUAAGCAUGCCGAUAUUCACCAGUGGGGAGAGGACCAACACAGACGCUGUAGUGCCACUUUUGUGGUCACGACAGUCAUCACUUAGCCAGUUCUGUCAGGAUAGCUCUAGCAGCUGUGGGGAAACACUUUCUUCUGGACUUGAUGUGCUGUAGCAGGAACUUACUGCUCUUCCUUUCCCCUCUGCCCUUAACUACUCUGUAUGACAGUUUCAUUGUCUGUGGGGGAGAUCAUAAAAUUUCUUCCUAAUCUGCUUCAGUGUAAAUAAGCAGGCUGGUAAAACGCCUCCUGUCCCCUCUUAACACUGAAAAUGAGCCAGGUCACUGAAAUGCACUUGCUCGUGCCAGUGUGCUUGUGCUCUGCAGAUCAGUCUUAUGACCGCUGCUGUCCUGUGAUGGCACGCAGCUGGUGACAGGCAGGUGAGGGGUAACCCUCCACCAUACUAGUGCAUACGUCCAUAUCUUAAGAGCUUAUAAAGGGGAAAAAAUCAGACAUCCCUCUCAAUCAGAGUUGGGGACUGGCUAUGGGAACAGAACAACUUUUUUGUCAUCUUGCCUUGCGUUGGUCCAGGAGGUAGUGGUGUGCCGAAGGAAAAGCCCCCUCUGUUUAUCCUGGCAGGGGAACAGAGGUGGGGAAGAGCCCUAAAGCUGAAGCCAGUAUCCUUAGCAAAUGCCUCCUGAUAAUGAGAUUACCAAUUGUGGAUACUAGGAUGUUAGUGCAGCUUGUAACUUUGUUAAGUGGCCAUUUGGUAAAGCACAUGCUUGCCUUUUCUGUUGUUUUCUCCUGUUUAUGGCUUACAGAAGAGCUUUGACUUAUAUAUUUCUCGGGCAUAACAUCAUCUCUGUGGACUUGACUGGGGGGAGGUUGUCUUUUUGCUGCUUAGAAUACAUCUAAAAGUUUAAUCCUAUGUAUGAAAAUAUUUUGAAAAUACUUGUAUUUGUUUACAGAGAAGAAGGGAGAAAUGUGAAUUCUCUUCUAAAGCACUUAAUUAAAUCUAGUUUUAAAAAUAUAUGUAUUCAGAUUAUACUUCCUGUUGAUGUAAAAAUAAUACAGCAACCGAGUGCAUUCCUGGCUUCCCUACUGCAUUAAGGCCUUAUGAAGAGUCAUCCUGACAUGCUGCUAUGUCUAAUGCUGCGCAUGGCUGUGUAUUUCUGUGUUUGGGUAUCGAUCAGAGAAGCUGGGGCUGCAGUUGGUCUUUCUGUUGAGCUGCAGAACUGAUGCAAUUUUCUUCAGACAAAGAAGCUACAAAAAUGCAGAGAUUUUUGUAGACCAGGUCCUUGCCCUUGCCCAUCAGUUUGUAGCUUGGUUGUAUUUGGGGAUGGGUGAGGUAUUUUUAUGGGGUUCAAGUGGUGGGUUUUUUUUUUUCCUUCCAUGUUUCAGCAUUAAGCAUAACGGUAGUUGGGAGCAAGCUCCAAUCUUGCUUAAUUUGAGCAGGAUGGCAGAUGGGGGUGUCAUCCACUGAAGGGCAAUGUUUAUAUUAGCUGCAUAUUCACCACACAGCCACGUGCUUCCCGUCGCAUUUGCCACGAAGGGGAAACUGCUCUCUGUUAAUACGAGGAGCCUUUGCAAGACACAGCACUGAAGGAGCAGGUGCUGCCCGAGGAACUUGUGGGACCUACUCAAGAGCUGCCCCUGUGCAAUAGGCACCUGGCUAGCCUCCAGCUCCACACAGGGCUUGCUGUUUUCACGGGCUGAUUUGCACUGGUAGCUGUGAUGGCUUUUUAACCCCCUGCCCUGCACCCACCCCAGCUCCCCAAAGCAAAGCGCAGGGAGCCACAAGGGAAUACCUGCUCCGUGAACGGGAGGCAGAGCUGCCUUGAGCACUGACAAGUGCAGAUGUUGACAGAAGCGCUACAAUGCUUUUAACAUUUUUCCAGGGAUUAGCUGUUCCUUUGCAGUAUGUCAGGUGUGUACAGUCAGAUUCCCAGGAGUGGCUUUGCUUGCAUGUGUCUUUUGCUCCAGCCCGUUACGGGCAGCGUGUGAUAUUUACUCUUGCAGAAGUUUUACAGCCCCCAUCCUCUGUGAUCAGCCAUGACUGUUCUGUGUUCAGGCUUUGGACAGGGUGGGGUUUGAUAACUUCUUUCCUCCUAUCAGCAUUGAUUUUUUUCCAUUUUUUGGAAUGGUUGUUCAGGCUUCUCUGCAGUGGUGGCGAGGACCUGAUCAGUAUUUUGUGCAAUCAGGAACUGGUACUUCAGCAGAAACUGCCAGCAAGGUUGCAUGUGAAGUCAGCUCUUGAUAUCCUAGGCUGAUAGGAGAAGUGAGAUAAAGUAUGCAAAGCAAAAUCACAACUAACAGCAAACAGGCAAAUCAGCAAUAGGAGCCCAGAGCGCUGGCAGAGGAAGGAGGUCAGCGUUACGAUCAGCUAGAGCGCUGACCUGAAUUGGCAAGUCCCACAGGGAAGUGUACAUGAACACCACUGUGCUGCUUCCAAGCUGGCUCCUGCAGAGUCAGGUGUCUGCACUGCUGCACAAUUAAUUCAGAGUCAAGGGACCUGCGAGACAAUGGUAGUUAUAAGGCAGGAUACAUGUGCUGCAAAUCAGAAAACUUGCUACAAAACUCUGCAACAGCGAUUGUUUCUUACCAACCAGGGAUGAAUAUGACUCAAUGCCCUUAUUUGUAUUGAGGGUAUAUGUCUUAUUUCUGUCAGUUCUUCAUUUUUAUAGUUAUUCUUGAUGUCUCUAGAGGUGAAGGUUAACCAGGAGCACUAGUACUUGUCUGCCAAACUCUGAAACUGUUCUGUUCCCCUUGGUGAGUGACGAUUUUGUCCACACAUGCUGAGCUAGCGGAGGCUAGCUGGUACAGCCCUGCGAGUCAGACUGUAGCUUGUCUGGGCGUGCAGCGUCUGCCACGGUCUAGCAGUCGGAUGGUGGUCAGGGCCCUCAAGCCUGCUGAGUUCUGCUCCUUUCUUCCCGACCUUGCUGCGUUGCUUCCUCGUGAAAGGUGCCCUCUGUUUCGGUGCGUUGCGAGAGUACAGGCUGUUGUCUUUCUUUGAAGUGCUCAUAUUGUGGAAGUCUCACUGUGGUCCCAGGUUUUCCCUCACGGAUAUACACCAUCAUGCUUCUUGGCUUCUCUUGUCCAUUACUGCAUUGUGCUUUGGAGAUCUGUGAGCUAUACAGAAAAGUUACUUUGCGUCUUAACCAAGCAAACAGUAGAGGGCAACCAAGAAUAUGUUUAGUUGACUUUCUCAUUUCUUUUUUUACACUUUGCAAACUGCUCCAAAUAAGGAAGGUUUCACCUUGUGCUAGUCCCUUUCCUGUGGGUUGUGGGAAGAGAUUUUGUUGACUUAUGGUUUCAAGCCACUAGUUUGAAAAGUAACUGAAUUUGGUUAUAACCUACCAUGUGCAAUAUCUCUUCUAUAAUUACCUAAAUGAGGGAUGUGUUAUUUCUCUCCUUGAAGUUAAAAUCUGUACUUGGGAGUAUAAUAAAGUACUGUUUUAAUGCUG